AUGAGGUGGCCUACAAUUGCUUUCGCCUACCUCGCGGUCGUGGCUGUGGCCCAAGAUACAUCCACCACUACUACCUCCGACUCCAGCACUGAGUCCGAAAGGACCAUCACUGAUGGAUCCACGAUUGUGACCGUUACAACUCCCGUAGCCAUCCCCUCGGGUACCUAUGAACAGGUCAGCACAACAGUCACCCUGGGUGACGGUGAGACUUCGGUCCUCGUAUCGACAACCGGACACCACAAUAGUACAAUGACUACCUCGGGCAAUGGGACUGUAGUCACCACUACCCGUGACUCCUGGACUUUGCUGGUCGGAGGUGCAGGAACGACUACUAUCGGUAACAGCAGUAUGAAUGCGACCGCUACCACCAGCAGUACCGCUACUGCCUCGCCCGUGGUCAACACUCAGCCUUGCAACAACUAUGCCGAGUUCUGCGCAAGGAAAUAUUCCAACAUCACCAUGGUCGCAGCACACAACAGCCCGUUCGUGCGCAAGAACAACGUCGCCGCCAACCAGGUGCUGGACGUGACGCAGCAGUUGAAUGACGGCAUUCGCAUGCUGCAAUUCCAAACUCACUACGAGAAUGGCACCAUGUACCUCUGCCACACGACCUGUUCAUUGCUCGACGUCGGUACCCUAGAAGCCUACUUGACGGACGUGAACAAGUGGAUGCGCAAAAACCCCUACGAUGUAGUGACUUUUAUGAUUGGAAACUACGACUACGUUUCUGCCGAGAAUUUCACUACCCCAAUUUAUAACUCCGGAUUGAAGGAUCUGAUCUACACGCCUACGAAGAUCCCCAUGGCCCUUAACGACUGGCCAACCUUGUCCGAGAUGAUUCUCACACAGAAGCGCGCAGUCUUCUUCAUGGACUACCAGGCCAACCAGACCGCGCACCCCUGGCUCAUGGAUGAGUUUUCGCAGAUGUGGGAGACACCCUUCUCCCCCACUGACGUGAACUUCCCGUGUACCGCGCAGCGUCCCCCGGGUCUUUCCAGGAAAGACGCCAAGAACCGCAUGUACAUGGCCAAUCAUAACCUCAACUUGCAGUUGAACUUGGGAUCAUUGAGUCUGUUGAUUCCCAACACUGCUACUCUCAGUACCACCAAUUCGAACGCCACCAACACCACUGGUACUCUGGGCAAGAUGGCCCAGAACUGUACUGAAACUUGGGACCGCCCCCCUAACUUCCUUUUGGUUGACUACUACAACUACGGCAACUUCAACGGUUCCGUCUUCGAGGUUGCUGCCGAGAUGAACAAUGUCUCAUACACCCGCCAAUGCUGUGGCAAGGAAUCUGCUGCGUCACUUAGUGCUUCUGUCGCCGGCAUGUCGACGGUAGUGCUAGUAGCGAUGGGGGCGCAGAUGCUGAUGUCUGUGUUUUGA